AUGUACAACUGCAGUAAUCAGCUACGUGCUUUUGUUACUCUACGAACAACCACAGCUGAUGAUACAUGUUGUUUUACUAAAAGACAAUUAGUAAGUCCUAAAGACGUUCUGCCUGGUCUUCCUCAACUAGCUACAUAUAAUUAUUUAAAUGUAGUACCCCAUUGGAGUACAUGUGGAACAGAGAACUGGGAUGAAGUAGAACUCCGAGUUAGACAACUCGUGAAAAGUCUCAAUAUGAAUUUAGAGGUUUGGACAGGAUCAUCUCAAACAAUAAAGGCGACAGACAUUACAACGACAUACUUAUCGGAUGAAUAUAAUGAACAACCGAUAUCGCCGUAUUUAUGGAAGGUACUGCAUAAUCCUGAAAAUGACGAAGCGCUUGCUAUUAUUCAAAUCAACAUACCCAGAUUGACGCUAACUGAUGCAGUAAAAUAUAUACCAUGUAAAGAUAUAUGCCAUGAAACAGAAUGGAUGAGAAAUCCUAAUUGGUACAUUAUGAGCAAAGGGUUAAUUAUUUGCUACAGCUUAGAAGAUUUCCAAACAGCCUUCGGUUAUACAGAACUAUUCAUAAGUGCAUCUCAUAUUUUGGCACAAAAUGUUAUUCCAAGACAUUCCCUAACAAAA